AUGAAAGCCAAGAUUGAGGCCGAACUAAAUAGAUUACUUAAAAACGGCAUAUUGGAGCCGGUCGACCCUACAAUAACACCGAUCCGCUGGUCGACACCAACUGUAAACGUUCCCAAAACCGAUGGCUCGUUGCGCAUCUGCGCGGAUUUCCGGGUAACGAUAAAUAAGGCUUUAUUGGAUGAAUCUCAUUUAAUCCCUACUUUUAAUGAGCUUAUAACUAAGAUUGGAGGGGGCGAGACCUUUUCAAUUUUAGACCUUAAGGAUGCAUACCUACAAAUUCCCAUUAAUAAAGAAUCACAAGAUGCUCUAACGAUUGUGACUCAUAUGGGGUAUUUUAAAUAUGCCCGUUUGCCUUUCGGGCUUACGAAUGCGCCCCUUAUUUUUCAAAGAAUCAUCGAUAAACUUUUAAGGGGUUGUCCUCAGACUGCAGCUUAUCUGGAUGACAUUAUUAUAACCGGGUCCGAUAUCGAGGAACAUAAAAAAAAUCUUCGAAAAGUACUCACGAUUCUGGAUGAAGCUGGUCUGAAGGUGAAAGCGAAUAAAGUUCAAUUAUUCAAAAAUGAGAUAACAUACUUAGGAUAUGUCAUAACUAAAAAUGGGAUCAAGCCGUCACCUAAAAAAGUGGAAGCAAUUAAAGCUUUUCCCACCCCGAAGGACCGAACCGCUCUUAAAUCGUUUUUAGGUAUCCUAAACUUCAAUGAAAAAUUUAUUCCACAUCUACACCCACUCGUGUCGCACCUACACCAGCUAACGGGAACCAAGGCACCAUGGGUAUGGGGGGCGACAGAAGAUGAUAUUUUCAACAAGGCGAAAAUGUUAUUGUCCGCUGAAACAUCAUUAGCUCCUUAUGAUCUAACCACUCCACUGAUAUUGGAUACCGAUGCCUCUGCUAAAGGGUUUGGAGCCGUGCUGAUACACAAAUUUUCCGACGGGGAACGACCAAUUACCUAUGCCUCCCGGACACUAAAUAAAGCGGAGACAAACUAUUCGACAAUUGACAAAGAGGCGCGGGCCAUACUAUUUGGUAUCGAAAAAUUUCAUUCUUAUUUAUAUGGUCGUAAGUUCAUCCUCAGAACGGACCAUCGACCAUUAAUUCACCUUUUUAAUAGUGAACGGGAUCUGACGAAGGUCCAUAAUACCCGAUUAUUAAGAUGGGCCUACAAAUUAAAUAGCUAUAACUUCGACAUUGAAUACAAGCCUGGAAAAAACAAUAAUGUAGCGGAUGCCUUAUCACGUGGACCAAUAAUAAAAGAUACCGAGUUGGGCGAUGAUGACAGAGCUUGUUUCCGAAUUAGAAAUAUACGAUUACAAAAAUUAAAUUUAAGUCGGGAUACAAUUCGUACCGAAACCAGGAAGGAUAACGUUUUAAAAACAUUAAUUUCGGCGAUGGAUAAUAAUGACUGGGAAAGACCGGAGAUAAAAUCCUAUUUACCGAUUAAAAAUGAAUUAGAGAAUAAUUUUGGGAUAUUAUAUUUUAACAAUCGUUUGAUACUACCCAGCAGUUUACAAGCCGCAGCCUUAACAUUUUUACAUCGAGGCCAUACCAGCAUUGUCGGGAUGAAAUGUUUGGCCAGACAUCUAGUGUAUUGGAAAUCUAUUGACCAAGACAUCGAACAAAUUGCAAAUACAUGUCGGGUUUGCCAAUUCAACAAACCGAGAUUACCCGAUAAUCCAACAUAUCAUUGGAACCAAUUGAAUAAUCCGUGGGAAAGAAUACAUAUCGAUUACGCAGAAGAGGAGGCAGUAUGGAUAAAAAAUCCGAUAGCAAAAGGUUGGAAGGAAGGAAAAAUCAAAACACGAAACGGCUUAUAUUCCUACUCAGUUGAAUCAGAAGGUAAAACAUGGCGGAAACACGCAGACCAAUUACGGUCAGCAGGAGAGAGAGCGAUGCCAACGGUGGAUAACGACGAACUAGUUACCGAGACGGUGGAAGCUACGGUGAAUAGUCAGAGGGAAUUACAACGGUCUGAUCGUAAUAGAAGAGCGCCGAAGCGAUUGAUUGAAGAGAUGUAG